AUGGAGGCACCAGAAGUGAAAGCUCAAGAUGUUGACUUUCACGAUAAAUCGGAUUCAAACAGUGAGAAUUCAGAGGUUUUCCUCCAGGAAGCUACUGCAAGAAACCCAGUUUUAGUGUUAGAGUUGACCUUGGACAGUAAGAUAAAGUACAUCAGCAAGUCCUGGGAAUCUAUUGUUGGAACUUCGAUAGAGAAGCUAAUUGGCACACCCAUAUCUGAGAUCAUUGUUGGCAGUGAAGACGAUAAAGCUGUACUACAAAAGGCUACAGACAUCAUGAUUGUCGACGAUAACAGUUAUAGAGUUAAGUUCACGACCCCCACUAAUACUUUAAAGCACGAGCCUUCAGAAUCAGAAGGAGAAGAAGAAGAACAAGCGCCAGACAUACAUUCUUCUCCAAAAUCCCUAGAACGAAACAGCAACAUAUGUUCAGAUUUAUCCACCGACGGCGGCUUCAUUCAACUGGAGGGACAGGGGAUCUUGAUUCAUAAUAACACAACGCACACCCCUACACACUCUAUUUGGAUGCUAAAGCCCUCCAAACAAAUUGACGAUUUGUCAUUGGAAUUACCGCAGCAACUGGUCGAAGGCCUAGGUUUUGGUAUCAAUAUUUUUGAGAGUUAUUUGUAUCAACUAACGGAAGCUGGAAUUGUUGACGAGGAUAAUAUACCUCCUCCAACACAUGAGCUUUGUCGAAUAUGCGAAACUCAGGUUCCGUCUUGGUGGAUGGAAAGGCACAGUGAAUUUUGUGUUACACAGCACAAAACAGAAACCAUCGUAGAACUUAAGCAUGAUGCUGUUGUUGACCAAAAAAAGCUAAUAAAACAAAUGCUUCUUACGUUAUCCAACAGCGACGGUAUUUCUUUACCCUCUAAAUUUACAAACAGCGAUGAUUAUCCCUCCAGCGCUUCUUCCAGUUCAUCUUCCAGUAGUAUUGCUUCCUACAGAGGCUUUCCGCUGCCCACAGUAACCCAUCCUAAACAAAAACAUGCAUCAGUUGCUAGACAGCUAAUCACAAAGAUGACCCCGGCAGUGAUGAACCUGAAUCGGUUUCCAUUUAAGAAUUUAUUUGCAUUACAGGAUAUGUGCGAUGAUGCCAUUCGUGUGAACUACGGAACAGUUGAACUACAUAAUGGAGAUUACAUAGUGGCAUAUUCUCCCAAUUCAGAAGCUGCUAUUAAAAGCUUAUCGGAACGAAAGCUGCCAGAAUCGACUGACAAAGCUAUAAAACUAUUAACUGAGGAUACUGAGGCAAUUUGCAAAGAGAAACUGGAUGCCAUCAUGAGACUGAGCUAUGUGAAUCAAUAUGUUGAAAAAGUGACUAGGGAAAUGGAUGAUUUGAUACUUGAUGCAGUGAAACAUACCAUUGAGAAAAUAAGGGAUCAAAUUGAACGUGAUGAUUAUAACAUCACGUCUUCCAGCGAUGAUUUGGAUGAUCGUGUAAUUGAUCCAACUCCCAUGAAACCUAAUACAUUUGGCCAAAUAUACAAGUUCAACGAGAGCGAACAAGACCGCUCCCUUGAGUUUGAAAACGUUACCGAAUAUGAAGACGCAGUGAGCACAAUCCAUUCACCUCAGCCUCAGACCAGGAAUACUUCGUCACAUGUAGAUCUGUUCAAUCAAACGUACUUGACAAAUGACUCCAUACCAUCGAAUGCUCUAAGCAAAUCUCCAGCUAUCACCGAGUUAGGAAAAGAGACUUCAAGAUCUUUGACGCCUAAAGAGCUUUCUGAAACUUCGACACCGGUGAUCAGCAUUUCUUCAAAUAUGUCUAGCAACGAUGGAAUUGAAGUCAUACAAACGGCAAGUUCUCAAAAUGCACCUCCAAAAGGCCAAGCCUCUCAGACUCUGCUGCAGAAAGCAGGCUCGAGAUCUUCAAGGUCUUUAACCAAGAACAAUCUUAACUCUCCUAGACGACAGCUUUCGCCAGCACCUAAUUACUUUUCGGGAUCGCCAAUGAGCUCAAUACAAAAGAAUACAAUGUCCAGAAUUGUCAGACUAUCUGACUCAUCCAGAGCAAGUACACCUCAAAGCUCUCCAAAGAUGAAUACUAUCGAUAUCCCCCCUGUAAGUGAUGUCGAGAAAGAUUCUACCAGAAGCUCUAUUAACCGAAUAGCGCCGCCGUUGUCUCCAUUACUGUUAUCAUCUAACAUUCCCAAGCAAGCUAUGGGUCCUUCAAUAAGAGACUACGAGAUAAUUAAACCAAUUAGUCGCGGAGCUUUUGGUUCAGUAUAUCUCACCAAAAGGAAGAUUACUGGAGAAUAUUUUGCCAUUAAAGUUCUUAAAAAAUCAGAUAUGAUAGCAAAGAAUCAAGUUACCAAUGUCAAAUCCGAAAGAGCUAUAAUGAUGCUUCAAUCAGAGUCUCCGCACGUUGUGCAAUUGUACUCUAGUUUUCAGAGUAGGGACUAUCUAUAUCUUGUUAUGGAGUACUUAAAUGGUGGAGACUGUGCAACUCUUCUCAAGAAUAUGGGACAGCUUCCUGACAUGUGGGCCAAGCGAUAUAUUGCAGAGGUUAUUGUAUGUGUGGAAGAUCUUCAUAAUAAAGGGAUUGUCCAUAGAGAUUUGAAACCUGACAAUUUUUUGAUUGAUCAUGAAGGACAUUUGAAGUUAACAGAUUUUGGGUUAAGUAGGAUGGGGUUGGUUGGAAGACAUUCUAGGGCCAGAGAAAACUCAACCGGGUUUUUAGGCCCUCCAGAAAUGGAAGUGUUCCAGUCUCAGCCAUCCAUCAAUGCGAGAAGAAGGAGUAGGGCUGGUUCCAUUCCCCAACUAUCACUAUCACCUGGUGUAGGACCAUUUGGCACUCAUGAUUCCGACAACGUUGUAACGCAUUCACCUUCAUCCUACUAUGCGUUAGAGUCUGUUCUUAAAAGUGAUAAGCAAGCCGCCAGAACUUCUUCAACUUCAAGCUCACUUAACUCUCCCUUGGUCAAGCCAUUAGUAAACCGCUCUAAUUCUCAAACUUCUUUUAUAAUUCAUGAUGAAGACAUGGUCCCCUCAAGAAUGAACUCACCUUUUCCAAGUAUGAAUUUGGCUUUAUUUGAUCCUAAAACUUCAACCCAAACUCGGAAGUUUGUUGGUACUCCAGAUUAUCUUGCACCAGAAACUAUCCAAGGUGUAACACAGGAUGAAGCAUCGGAUUGGUGGUCAAUUGGAUGUAUCCUAUUUGAGUUUCUCUUUGGGUACCCACCUUUCCAUGCUAAAACGCCAGAAUUAGUUUUUGAUAAUAUUCUUCAUGGAGAGAUUCAGUGGCCCGAGAUACCUGAUCAAUUAUUUCAAGAACUUUGUUCCAACACAGCUAAAGAUUUAAUAACGAAUUUGCUUCAAAAAGAUCCAAGUAAAAGACUCGGAAUAAAUGGAGCUGUGGAGAUAAAGAGUCACCCAUAUUUUAAAGAAAUUCACUGGGAAACUCUAUUUACUGAAGAGGCCUCUUUUGUUCCACUUGUUGAAAACGUUGAGGACACCGAUUAUUUUGACUCAAGAGGGGCAGAGAUGAUGAUUUUCCCCAGCGAUUCAGAAAGUGCACAUGAAUCAAACAAAGAAACUGACAAUAUUCCACAAACACAAGCAAGCUCUCCUUCUUUGAAAACUUCUGCUUAUAUUACACCAAGUUCUGGUUCUGGUUCUCCCGGAAGUAACAGCCAAUUGGGAGUUCCCCUCAAAGGUAAAGAGCGCCGAGGUAGCCGUCUUGCUGAAGGCUCAAAUGGAGAAUUUGGUCUUUUUAGUUUCCGUAACAUUUCUGCGUUGGAGAAAGCUAACAAGGACGUCAUUAAACGGUUGAAAAAUGAGCAUUUGGAGAAUAGAGGCAGCUUUUCAAGUGAGCCAGGAUCUCCAACGAUACAGAAGGGAAGACAAUUUUCAAAUAGCAGUGGUACUAUUAGACGUGCGGAUUCUUCUCCAUCGAAUGUGUUAAACUCUCCAAUUAAGAGAGCUAGCUCUCUAAACAGUGGGGCAAUUUUGAAUCCGAAAUUCGGAGCUGUGUCUAACACUGGUUACUCUUCAGGUGAAGAGGUUGCUUCAAGUGCGAUCACCAAAGAGGACACGAACUCUCCAGUGGGCCCCAAUCUUUUGACAACGCAUGCUCGCCUCCAUCGAAGCUCCGGAUCUCGAUCAACUGACCAUGGAUCUCCCAUUCAUAAAGCAUUGAAGGCAGAUUCGAAAACUCCAGUACAAUCAUCGCCAACGGACUCCAACGGUCACCCAGGACACGGGCGAUUUGAUUCUUUCUCCAGUGCAUCCAAAAUGCUUUUCAACUACAACAAUAAUAACAGCACUAGAAGAUCAAGUGAUUUAUCGGCAACCAGUUCCGAUACCGAUGAUACCAAGAAUGCUGCGUUAUUGAGACUGAAGAAAAGAAGGAACUCAAGAAAGUUUCGAACUUCAUCAUCUUCUACUAGAAACAAGCCCUGGGUUUUCCGAUAUGAUAUCUUACUUUUGGAACCUAUUCCUAUCCACAGGUAUAACAUGGAAGUCUUGUUGAAAAAGAUCGGUGUAAAUGUUGUUAGUAUUAAAGAUCCUGCAGAACUGAUCAGAAGAGCAUCUGCGGGUGUCAAAUUUGACUUCAUCUUUACCACCUUCAAGCUCCCUAAUUUGGAUUCGGCGGAUUUAGUGAAGCUCAUAAAGAACACAGCAAGUGUGAAUUCUGAUACUCCGAUAGUUUGUGUUACGGCCUAUUUCAAGGAGGCAAGCUCCAGCGGUGUUUUUGACUAUGUUAUUGAAAAGCCUGCGACUAUUGAAGCUAUAAAACAUUGUAUCAAUCUAUUCAGUGAGGUGAAGAUUAUGGAUGCUCAGGAAGCAAUUUCAGACAGUGAAAGUCUCGUUUCAGUGCCAAGUUUCAACAUGGCUCAUGCUCAUUAG